AUGAAGGUCAUGAAGGUUAAACUUCUCAAAAGUUGGCUAAGGGGGUUUACUAAAUUGGGAAAGGUAAAGGCUAAUUUUCUCAUCAAAUGUGCAAUAAUCCAUGAAAAAAUUGAUCACAUGUGGAUUGGAUAUUGUUUCUUAUUCCAAAAUGAUGAAGAGUCAUUAUCAUCAUCAUGUUCAUAUGUACCAAAAGAUGUCCCAAAAGGGCACCUAGUUGUGUAUGUAGGUGAAGAUUGCAAGAGAUUUGUGAUCAAGGUAGGUACACUCAACAAUCCACUCAUUAAGGCAUUGCUGGAUCAUGCUGAGGACGUGUUUGGAUUCGAUAAUAAUAUGCUUCGCAUUCCUUGCAAUGAGACCAUUUUCCUAAACAUUCUUCGCAAUGCUACUACUCUUGAAGAUGACCAACAUCAUAAUCAGAGCCUCUUACAUUGUUUCUAG